GUUUUUCCGGUUCCGAGGCGGAUAGUUCAGUUCGAUUGUUGCGUUGGAAAUGGGUCGCAAGAAGAGGAAGCAGCUAAAGCCAUGGUGUUGGUAUGUGAGACUCGGAAUACUGACAAUCUUAGGUAUUGCAAUCGGGAGUUUGACGAUGAAAAGAUUCUAAUCCAACAUCAAAAAGCGAAACACUUCAAAUGUCCUUAUUGUCACAGAAAACUGUUCACAGGUCCUGGUUUGUCGAUUCAUUGCAACCAAGUUCAUAAAGAAAAGCUGGAUAAGAUUCCAAAUGCUUUGCCAAACAGAACAAGCACCGUCAUUGAUAUAUACGGCAUGUCUGGUAUUCCAGAAGUAGAUAUGAUCGAACAUGAAAGGCAGAAAUUUGGGUUAGAAGGUGAAGACGAGCCACCAGAGAAAAUAGCCAAAGAAGAUGAAAGUAUCCCGUUCUACCCACCACCGCCUAUUCAUCCGGCACUACCCUUUAUGCAGUCUUUGUGUCCUCCUAUGGGACCUUUCGGUCAUAUUGGACGUAAGUUAAAUUUUAUUCUAAUUCCACCUUUCUAGUUCAUAGCAUACCUCCACAUUUAAAGUAAGCUUCGUUAAUCCUGAUUGAUUUCUGUAGUUCAGUACCAUAUGUACCACCACCACCGCCGCCUCCUCCUCCUGCAGCUCCUGCUCCUCCUCAACCAGCUACUCCAAAUGACGAAAAGGUAACUGCUUAUAAUUGACUUAUUGUAUAGUCCCCCACGUCUACUCCAAAGGCUACUUUUCCUGCCUAUUCAUCUCCAUCGUCCAACAUGAAGGCCAACGUGUCCAAAGUCCCGAAGCCUACAUCAGGAGUUAAUGGAGUAGUCAUUGAGUUAAUUCAUCCCGAUGAAGAUUUGUCUUUGGUGAGUUUGGUUUUCUUUUACCUCAUUUAAUGGUUUCAGGAGGAGUUAAGAGCUGAGUUACCGCGAUACAAAACUAUUGUUGAAAAUGCAGCUAAAAAGAUUAUACCUCCCCCUAUUCCAAUAACUCUGGGAUUAACAACUCCAAGUUUCAUACCUCCACAGCCCACACAAAUUGUGUAUCCUCCAAUUGUGCCUCCAGCCUCCGUCCCAAUGCCGUUCGCUUACACACCUGGAUUUAUUCCUCCUCCUGGUAGGUGGUUUAAUUAAAAUAUUCUGGAGAACUUUUAAUAGUCACUCUCUCUCAAAGAUUCGUAAAUUAAUAGUGUAAAAAGUGUUUGUUGAAUCAUGGGAAUUCAAACUUGUUAGUUUAUGUGCAAAAAAGCUUCAUUAAAGCUUCAGUAAUUUCUGAACCUUCAUGACAAAAUCAAAUUCAUUUUGCAUCGCCCUUUAUUGGGAUUAUUGGUACCAUUGUCUGUACCAGCUGACAAUACCAGCCUCGAGAUGAGCGCACUAGGCAGCUCUGAUUUAUGUUUCCUGGACAUCAAUCUCACUGAUUCCAAUUGUCUUCGCGCGACUGAGAAGUCGGGAAUGUUGCUUUGUUUAAUCUCGACCCAUCUACAUACAUUCCUUCUCUGAUAAUUACUGUUAGUCAUAAAAAUUCCCCAAUGUGAUACUUUUGAAUCAGUUCACUUUAAAAACAAAAGUAGACACAUCAGUGCCUCUUAACGAAGUAAAACUUAGUUAUUGUCUUCCGUGCAACGCGAUUUGAUCUCUACAUAUGCAUACGUAGCAUCAUUAUCAAAGCGUGACAUUAGUUCAUAAAGAUACUUACAAUUUAUCUAAACUAUAUAGGCAGGUUCAAGCUUCAUAGUUAGAAUAGGCAUGAAUAUCGCGUCUAACGGAUACAGAGAUGACUCGAAAACAGGCAACACAAUACACUCUCUCCUUGUCUUACCUCAGGUUUUGAGUUUCGGGUCUUUGUGGACUAGUCAGUCUAUACUUUUUCGAGUCAUACUCUCGAUGCCCAGUCUCUUCUGUUACAAUGGUUCUAUCUCGUUACUGAAGUUUAGCUAUCAAUGUACACGAUGAGUUUUGCUUUAUGUACCACACAAAUCUCCAAGAAACUCCCAUAGAUUCGAUGCGAAUGUUUUAUUAUUUAUUCACACACCGAUCCCUUUUCCACGGCAUCUGUGGAUAUGUCCUUCAUCCACCUGGUUUCCGUUUAAAAUUUUUGAAGUACUCCGUUUCGUGGUAAGUCUCACAUAAUAAAUAUGAACUCAUUACGACCUGAUACUCGUCGAUAAUUUUAGUCACUUUUAACCACUUUUUUAAAUUAUAGCUUUCGGCUUGCCGACGAUGCAACCUCAAAUGGCGCCUGCUCCUGGUCAACUUACACCUUGGGCUGGAAUCCCACAGUUACGGUUCUAACGCAAGUCAGUCGUUCGUACGUUUAUCCAAAGCUUGUGAUCUGAACUUUAACUGAUCAUGUGUUGUACAUUUAACUUUCACUAUGUUAAUCGUAAACAAACUUACUUUGCGUUUCUUGUUUUCUUUUAAAGUGUGCUGGAAACAAUGUAAGUCAAACUAAUGAAAUAUAUCUGGUAGGUCAUUGUUUUAAACAGCCCAGUUUAAUGUGAUCGUCAAUGUACACUGGUUCCUCAGUGACGAAUUCGGUUUUGGAUAGAAAGGUGAGCGGUGCUUUUACGAUUAAAUAUAGGAAAAUAUCCAGUCACUUAAAGGUCAGCACAGUAUGUCGUACAUUACACGAGUACUUCACGUACUUCAGAGGGAUCAUAAAACUUCCAGUGCAUUCAUGCCUUGAUGUUUAAAGGUAGGUUUUUGCCAUAGGGAAUAGGGGUAAGUAGCAUUAUUUUAUUUGAUUGUCAUGUGGGUAAAGAGGUGGUAGCCGCAGAGACUAAAAAUUUAAACUACAACAAAGGUUCGCAGAUCAGCGUGUUAAUGUUUUUGUUUGUGAACAAAUCUUCACAGCUUAUAAGCGAUAGUUCACUUCUGAAAGUAGCACGUCUAAACUGUCAAAUUUAGUGUGAAAUGGCUGGAGGUUGUUCAAAAUUCCCGUUAUUAAACAAAUAAACAGUCACGACUUCGGUUUUGUUCUUAAAUUCUGAUCCCUGGGCAAGAAAGUCUGAAGAGUUCACUGUGUUCUAUUAGAUAAAGUGGUUCCUCGUCCGUUACAAAAGAAAACUUCCACUAUCGUCGCAAAUCCGUACCGGAGAUUUUCUCCGAGAUGGUGUGAUAGCAGUGAAGUGUUUUCCCCAGAAAGCCGGCAUAACAGCCGAUGCUACAUUCUCAUACACAAUAGAUGUGCUUAGAAAAGGCUGAACUGAAAUUUGCACACUUCGAAUUUCCCUGACGGAUUUCCCUCUACAGCGGCAAAGUGUCAACAAGUGCAGAGCUGACAUAAGAAGAUCGUGCGUGACUGCCCCCUGAGCACAAUGAUCACACCUUCGGGUCACCAGGAUCAAAUCUUACAUAAUUUCCUUUUCAGAUACCUCUAGAAGAACCUUUGCACGGUUUGGGAACCGGGAAGCGAUAAUCGCUAUCUUACCUCUAACGGCACUCAAGACCACCAAAGAUCGCUCUUCCGAUUUGAGUAUACUGCAGUGAGUUUAUUACAUUCCUAAAUCUAGUCAGUCUUCCUACUGGGAUUGGCUUUACAAUGCUUCGCCUUUGAUCACCCAUUGGUGUAUAGAGAUUUACUGAAUUUUUACAUAACUCUGCCACUUGUGUUUUGCUACCUCCGUUUUGUAUUCACUGAUUCCGUUUCAAAGUGUUGUAACGUACAUACCGAAAAUGGGCAGUUAUGAGUUUAUUUAACGCCAGUCAGCUUUAGUAUACUUAGUCCGGUUGUUAGUCCAUGGUGAAUGGUAAAGCAGAUAAGUGCAAUCGAAUAAAGUUAUAUAAAGCGAUGUAAAAGCAGUUCUAUGUCCUCGAGAUCUGUUCACUUGACAGAUCUUGAAAAACAAUCGAAAAUUUUCUACCUUAAAAACUUGGUGUUAACACGCCAAGCUAAUGUGAACACUAUUUGGUUCAAGGAGUUCUUCACUCUUGUCUGAUAAACAUUUCAAACAGUCCCAAGGCUAAGCAGAUAGUCGAUUCUUUAAGAAUUCUCGUUUUGAAAAUCACUGUCACCGUUUACUGGAAACUACGUCAUUCCAAAAUAAUCAGAUGUGUCGUAGUCUUACUCAGCAGUCAUGUGGCCGAACACCUCAUAGCGGCCACUAGGAUUUCGUUACUUGAUACUCAAGUUGUUCAAUAUUUCAUUAACACCAAAGAACCCUUUGUGGAACCUGACUUCGUCGUCUUCGUAAACGAGAUAGUUCGCCCGGUAUUUGUGCAACGCCUUCCAACAACGCCUACGUGUGUUAUCACUUCUAUCUGAUUCACUUUGUCAAAAGAAUAAUACAUCCUGGUGCAGGUUAGUUAGAUUGAGUUCAGACCCCGUCCCAAUAGCUCUAUAUUGCUUUAAUAAUCGGUUCAAAUGUCAAAGCUAAUAAACGAAACUUUAUAGCGUGAAAACCAAAUGCAGUGAACUGAAAUCCCCACAAGUCUUUUUCAGUUGUUUUUCCAGAAGUGUUAUUUUUACAAGUAAUGAACUCACGAGAAUCUGUACACUUAGCAUUCAAUAUACAAUCUUC